AUGGAUGAAUCGUCCGUGUUUGCGCGCCAGGCCAACAGCUGUAUUGGGCCAUACCAAUUCUAUCAAUGCAGCAAAGGACCAUUUGUGGGUUGUUGCUCUAUCAAUCCUUGCGAUGAUGGGAUUUGUCCUGCGGAGAAUCGGCCAGGUGGUGAUUCUACUCAGACUACUCAGCCAACAACAAUGACCACAAUGUCAAUCACGUCGACAACUGCUGGCGACGACCACACGGCUAGCGUGACAAGCAUGCAACAGGUCACGUCUACUCUUGUGACUUCUGCUGGAUAUUCGGUGGUUACUGAGACGGUGGGCGCACCGACAAGGACUGUGGAUAACAUUGCUACUGCUUCGUCAACCGCGGUCGAUCCUACAGCGACGUCAUCUAGCCAUAAGACAGCAACUAUUGGAGGAGCUGUAGGUGGUAUCGUGGGAGUGAUCAUUGUUCUCCUGUGCGUCUACAUAUGGUACCGAAGGAGGAAGACAGCGGCAUCCUUAGAAAGUCAAGAGAAGAAUGGGCGACAGAGAGGUCAGACAGACAGUGAUUAUACUAUGUCGAGUAGCUGGACAGGUCCUUUUGGGAGCUAUAACGAUAAAGAAGCUACACCUUUCAGACACGUCGACAGAACCCGAUCCUCAAUCGUCAGCGAAUUGGAUUCCAGUCCCGUCAGUCCUCUAACCAGAAGCCCUCGCAACAUGACCUCCUCCGAGACAAUUUUUGAGCUUGACAGCGGCGCCAACAACGAUAAACACAGCACUAUCGUAUCGACCCCUUCCACACCGAAUUUCCCAAGUAUUUCGAGCCGUUAUACUGGGAGCGACGGGUGGCAACCCAAUAGUCAUCUUCAGCCCUGGAAUGGGACUGUAUCGGAGCAAGAUAUUAUUAGUCAUGUCUCCUCCACUUCCACGGGAGGAGUCAGGAUUGCGAGUGCGGGACAUUCGUCUACGAAGUCCGAUACAUAUUUGGGAUGGCAUCAAUGACGACUCGCUCUCCAUUCUCUACGGAAGCCUGAUUGUCAAUGCUUUGCAAUUUUUCUUUUCGUUCAGUUUCGGUGGAAUAUUCAGCACCACGCUAUUCCUUUUUGUCCGGAUGGAUGAGUAUCGUCCCGAUUUUGCUUUACAGACGGUUUUGAGAAUACUAAUACAUAAUGUCUUUUUCUCUUGCAGAUUGGAUUGUAUAGUUUUCUGUCCAAGUUGUCUUUACAGAAACUUUCAUGUUCGAUUUAUUACACUCAUUGAUUUGAUAGAUACCCUUAUUCUCAUUACGAACUUCCCCCUGGUUUGUUAGAGCCCGACAGGCGGCUUGCUUGAUAUGCCACUUUGACAAAGUUUUCCGCCUUGGAUUGUGAUUAUACUUAUUCUGGAGUUAGAUAGGAUUAAUGAAAUCUGAUUACUGGUAUG